AACCUAUUCCUACUGAAAAAAUAUUAUUGAUUAGAGGAGAAGCAGGAAGCAUAAAUAAUAAUAUAUUUGUAUCAUCAUCACAAUAUACAAAUAAUUAUGUUUUAGAUGAUGCAAGUGACAUUUUAUCAUCACUAGAAGUACUUUUAUGUUUUGUUAAGCGCAAUGCAGUAGGGCAGGAAGACACGUUAAUACAAGAUUAUGUGGCACAAUGGAUGAAGUUAUCAUCAUUGAUGACAAAACCUACAUUUGCAAAUUUAUUAAAUGCAGGUCUAACCUUAAAGCAUGUAGUAGCAUUAUAUGAAUUUGUAGAAGAACAGGUGGCCAACAGAGUGAUUGAGUAUAUUGAUGAUGUUUAUAAAGAAAGAUUGACAUCAGAACAAGAGAAUGAAAUUACAGAUGUAGUUGAUUUUACUAAUAAUAAUCAACAACAACCAACAUUGACAGCUAAGAAAACACCAAAGAAAAUACCAGCAGAUGCACUUAUUGUAGCAUUGAAAAGAUUUAUGUUGAGAUUUUUGUCAGUAGGAUCAAAAGAUUACUCAAAACAUCCAUUGAGUGUUUAUUUAACAGAUAUAGAUUUGAAUUUCUGGUCUUCAGAAAUUGAUGAAGCA